AUGAAGUUGAAGCUUGAGAUCAAUGGGAAUGAUUACCCUGAGAACUUCAAACUUUUGAAGACCACUGUUACUACAGUAGCGUCAUUACGGAGCCUUGCUGUGCUGCGGUUUGACAGUGAUCGGCUGGUUAUUAUAUCGACGCCCAGGGUAUCGAAUGGUGUGGUGGCUGGACAUGGUGUUGUUGCCAGAGAUAGUGGCGAGCUUUGGUGUACCAUUCCGCGAGAUGUUUUCAGUCUGUAUCAUGUCUCAGCGGAAAGACAAAACAACACCAUUGCGCUUGAGUGCAAUGUUGAAUCACUGAAGAACGCUGUUCUGCGAUAUGAUAAGGUGAUGACCCAGGGAUCAGCGUCUACUUUGCAAUUGAAGCUCCGGCAAAUGCCUGAGUGGAACGCCGCUAGCGCUAACGGGCCUGACAGUGCCGGUAACUCCAGGAUACGAGUCGCUGCAUUGGCCGUGUCAUUCGAGGAAUUAGUUAAUGUUUACUCUGGUCAGGGCAAAGAUGAUGCCUUUAUGGAUGCAACUCAAAACAAUACUUCACAUGCGGUCAACAAACUUAUAAGUCACUCCUCGAAGAUUCCAGUCAGAUUCUUAAAUGCACAACAGGAUGAGCGCAUACAAGAACCUAUGAUGGACUAUAACCAGACAAUGUUGUGCAGGUUGCCGUCGAUUACGGAUGAAGCUGGUGGUGCUUUUCUGAAUUUCCUCAAAAGAAUAGAACGGUACACAAAUGUGAAUCAUAUAAAACUACAAGGAUCAACAAGCCCGCAUAUCUCACACAACCGCAGAGACGCCAAGUUGCGGAUUCUUGUUGAUGAACUAGAUUGGAACCUUGUUAUAAGCUGGAAUGGCCCCUUGGAACUUCAAGAAAGGGCAGACAUUGAUGAAAUGGCAGAGCCAACAUCGCCAGAACGGCCUAGAUCUGAAACACCGUUGCUGAGUAGGAUAAGUGGUGAUAAUAAUUUCGAUAGAAUUGAUGACAGCGAGGUUAAUACAUUACAAGAAAGCGGUCCCGAUACUAACUCACACACAAAUGGGUUUCUUGAGCAAGUGCAACAAGCAGAGGACGAGUCUUCCCUGGUUCAAGAAGUAAUUAUAAGAAGCAAAGAUUUAAAAGUAUGCUCAAAGCUUUUUGCAGCAUUCGAAGAAGUCAUCAUGGCCAUCUCGCAUGACUACGCCUGUGUCUUUCACUGCUCCCUGAGCAGAGGCCUAAGAGAUACCCAGACACAGGAGGAAAAAGAGAAUGGUCAGAUAAUCUACUACAUAUCCAGGUCAAAGGCACUGGAAUUUGCAUAA